AUGAACACACAGAUAACCGAACUUAAUACGACGCCACCCAACGGCUGCUCGGACCACAUCGAUCUCCUCGACAACUCGUCUCUGGUCCUCGACCCUCUACCCUUCUACCUAACAUCGCAGAAAGACGUCUACAACGGGCGCGUGGGCGGACGCCGCGUCGUCGUCAAGUCCUGGCGCGGCAUGACGGCCUGCUCGUCAACGCAGAGGCGCUUUACGAAGAGGUUGCAUCGAGAACUCGAGACGUGGCACCUAGCAGCCCAACUCCACCCCAACAUCGCCCCGUUCCUCGGUCUGGUACCCUGUACCCAUCUCGGGCCCGUCCCCGCGCUCAUCAUGGAGAAGUAUGAGAAUGGGAACGCACGCGAUUAUUUGGACAGGCGGAAGUUGGGCACGGGGGAGAGGAUCGGCGAGGCGUUGAGAAUCAUGACCGCUAUUGCCGACGCCCUUCGAUAUCUUCAUACCAGAACCCCUCCAGUAGCGCAUGGCUCCAUUCGAGGCUCAAACAUCCUGAUCUCAAGCACCUUCUCACCCCUCCUCACCGAUCUCGGCAUGUGCAACCUGCCCUACCCGACAGAUCUGACGAUGAUGAACGCUCGUCAGGCGCUGGGCGACGUCCGGUGGAUGGCGCCGGAGCUGGUGGUGCGGGAUGGGAGUAGGAAUUAUGUUGGUGUUGAGGGCGUUGUCAAAUGCGAUGGGGUCGGAGAUGAAGGCGAGGAUGGGACUGGGGAGAAAGAGGAAGAAGACGUGUACCCCAUCAAACCCGCGAGCGAUGUUUAUAGCUUUGGGAUGACGUUGCUCGAGCUCAUAACAGGCCAAGACCCCUUCUCCGAGCGCCGGCACGCCAUCGCGGUUCUCUUGGAUAUGACGAGAGGUGGGAGGCCAGCGCGGCCUUCUUUCGGUGGGGAUGAGGAUGGAGGUAUCUCGGACAGGUUGUGGGACGUCAUGACGAGUUGUUGGACGCACGACCCGGCGGAGAGGCCGGAUGCGCCGACGGUGUGUGCGUGGAUUGGGUUGGUCAGGUUGACUGAGGGUGUGUGA